AAACACAGAGAUCAAACCGAUAGGAUGAGAAAGGCCGCUGACGUGGGAAGCAAAAAACCUAUUAAGAUCUUAUCCUCGGCUUUGUGUACUAUCUUGAGAAAGAUAAAAUUAAUUGAAUAGACGUUAAUAUAAAAAAGAUGGUAAAUUGGUAAUUUUCACUAACUUUGGUUUUCAUCGGCAAGAUUCAUUCAUUGCAAUAUGCGUUCGAUCUUGGUGUUCACAAUUUUCCUGGGCACACUGCUUUUCGCUACACAAGAGAUAUAUGGAUUAGCUGUGGUCAUCGAUCCUAGAAAUGGAAAAAGAGAACUUAAAAUCGCUCGCCAGCCACCAAUUCAUCAUGACUUGAAGACAUACUUGAAGCUAUAUCAGAAGUUUCAGAAAAUGAAAAAGCACAUCUCUGGUAGUGGGAAUGAUCAGAUAAAGAGCACCAAAUGAAGAGAUAACUUAGUGCUAUAUGUUAAAAAUAACUAUGUUAAAAAUAACAGCUUGAAAAUGAAUAAUAAAUCAUUUAAUUAGCUUCUAGUUGAUUAAUAAUAAAUUACUUCUAACUACUACGCAUGCGUUCAAAAUGCAACAUGGCGAACAAAUUGUCGUCUUCCAAACUUCAGUCUAGUUUGUAAUGUUCGAAAAGUUUCGUAAACUAUCGAAAGUGUAUCUGAGAUGGAAUCCGCAACUUGCAAUAAAGAUGACGGUAAAUUUAGUUUAGACAAGGUCACGGAUAGCAUGAUCGAAGCUGAAACGACGACUUCAUCCAAGUCCAACGAGAAUCAAAGUGUGUUAACUUAUAAUUGCACGAAUAGACAUUUUACCACGGAAAUAUUUAAGAUCGAGAUUGGCAACCUUCCUAAAUGCUAUUCAAUUAACAAUCUAAAGAAAUUUCUCGUGAAACUUAAUCUUCAACCGAAGAAAAUCAAAAUGGUACCCAAGCGAAAUUUCGCUUUCGUAACAUUCAAAUGCGAAGAAGAUAGACAGAAUGCAUUGAAAACCAUAGAAAACUUUGAAUGGAAAAAGAAAAUUUUAACAGCUAAGGUCGCGAAAGCAAAGGAUGAUCCAUAUGAACAGAAAAAAUCGCAAGGCAUGGAUGAAAUCAUGCAACCCUUGGACACUGAAAAAGAUCCCCAAAUAUCAAAUGUCAAUCCAUUGGAAAGAAUACGGGAUGUUGUUACUCCAUUGUGGAAUAUGUCUUAUGAAGAGGAACAGAGUUUGAAAUGUGAACUAAUGGCAGAGGUUUUAAAGAAGCUUGGUAAAGAACUUCGAUCUGUUGAUGCAGCGAAAUGGGUUAGGAAAAAUAGAUGUGAACAUUCUGGCAUGUGCUGUCCUUUGGAAAAGUUGUGUCCUUCGCCUAUCUAUGAGUCGUAUCGAAACAAAUGUGAGUUUACAAUUGGUCCUGGAGUGAAUGCUAUUGAUAAAAAAAUUGGAUUCAGACUAGCGGCUUACAAAGAUGGAAAUUUUGCUGUCGUUGAACCAUGGCUGUGUUCACAUAUACCUCAGACAAUGAAGGAUGCGGUGAAUCUAUUUCAAAGAUAUAUCAGUGAAUCACCGUUGAACGUUUUUGAUCCCGGCACAAACGAAGGAUUUUGGAGACAACUUACAGUGAGAGUGAAUAGAAACGACAAUAUUAUGUGCAUUGUGCAGUUUUCGCCACAGCAAGAUAUGUGUGAGAGUACGGUUGAAUCUGAAAUUGAGAAACUGAGGAAUUAUUUGAAGGAGCAAAAUAAACUGGAAUUGACGUGUGUUUAUGUUGAAAUUACCUGUGCCAGAAAGGUUGACGACGAAAGUAAAAAUGUUUUGAGGCAUAUUUUAGGAGAUAAGCAUAUAUUUGAGGAUCUGGGUGAUUUGAAAUUCCGCAUAUCUCCUCAGGCAUUUUUUCAAGUCAACACAAGAUGUGCCGAGAUUUUAUACGACCUUAUUCGGGAAUGGAGCGAAAUAACAUCAAACACGGUCAUAUUAGAUGUAUGCUGUGGUACAGGAACUAUUGGUUUAACUAUUGCGAAGAACGCAAAACGAGUGAUAGGCAUUGAGUUAUGUGAGGAAGCAAUUGCAGAUGCAAAGUUCAAUGCUGAACUGAACGGUAUGCGGUUUGAUAACCGUUCCCUCACAGAAUACAACAUACCGCGAAUGGCUGUUUCCCCAUUUUCUCUAGGUAUAAGUAACGUCGAAUACCAAUGUGGCAAAGCCGAGGAUGUUCUGGUGAAAACAACGUCUACUCUGGAAGCUCAAGAAUCACAGGUCGUCGCCAUUUUAGAUCCACCAAGGCCAGGAUGCCAUGCCAAAGUAUUACAAGCUGUGCGACGAUGUUCAAGAAUCAACAAGUUGAUCUAUGUUUCUUGCAGUCCGAAUUCUGUGAGAAAAGAUUUCAUAGCGUUGUGUCGUCCAACGUCAAAGCGUGUGAAAGGCGAUCCAUUUCAGAUCGUGAAAGCUCAACCAAUCGAUCUCUUUCCUCAAACUCGUUGCUGUGAACUUGUUGUUCUUCUUGAACGCCAAAUCACGUCUUGAAUGUCGGUUUUAUAUUCAUCUGUAAAACUUGUAAAGAACACAGAAAAAAAAAGGCAGAAAUUUUCCCAGGGAAAAGGUUGAGUAACAAAUGGUUGUCGUAGCUAUAUCUGUGCUGAUAAUUCUUGUGCGUUUAUAAAUUUAUUCAUCAAAAAAGAAUUGUUUUUGUUGGUUGAAGAAUUUUCAUGAGGGACUUAUAUGACGGCUUCAAUUUCUAAACAUGCGUUGAGAUACUGCAUAAAGUAUUUCAUUCUAAGAUAAACAAUUCAUUACAAGCGUACUCAUAUA